AGGGCUGGGGCGCGGGUGCUGGCAGGCACCGGAGAGGCGACAUCUGGCCCUGGGAGGAUUUGUUUCAAAGUUCGAGGCCGUUCGCUCGGGGUCAAGGUCAGUCCUGCGGGCGUUCGGGGACCAGCCCCGGCGUGCCAGGACCGUUUCCGGGGCCCGGCCGGGGCGUUGCCGCGGGGUCUGGGGCCGGCGCGAGUGCUGAGUCACACCCGCCUGCGAGCGCCUCGGGCCGGCAGCUCUGGAAGACGACAAACGAAGCGGGAGCGGGAGCGGGAAGAGCGGCCGGAGCCGGAGUGGGAGCGUGCGGGCGCCACCGGCAGUGCCUGAUUUGAGAUGGGGUCCCAGGUCUCGGUGGAAUCGGGAGCUCUGCACGUCGUGAUUGUGGGUGGGGGCUUCGGCGGGAUCGCAGCGGCCAGCCAGCUGCAGGCGCUGCACAUCCCCUUCACGCUGGUGGACAUGAAGGACUCCUUCCACCACAAUGUGGCUGCCCUCCGAGCCUCGGUGGAGAGAGGAUUCGCCAAAAAGACAUUCAUUUCUUACUCGCUGACUUUUAAGGACAACUUCCGGCAGGGCCAUGUGGUGGGGAUAGACCUGAAGAACCAGACGGUGCUGCUGCAGGGUGGCGAGGCCCUGCCCUUCUCGCAUCUUAUCCUGGCCACGGGCAGCACUGGGCCCUUCCCGGGCAAGUUUAACGAAGUUUCCAGCCAGCAGGCCGCUAUCCAGGCCUAUGAGGACAUGGUGAGGCAGGUCCAGCGCUCACGGUUCAUCGUGGUGGUGGGAGGAGGCUCGGCUGGAGUGGAGAUGGCAGCAGAGAUUAAAACAGAAUAUCCUGAGAAAGAGGUCACUCUGAUUCACUCCCAAGUGUCCCUGGCCGACAAGGAGCUCCUGCCCUCCGUCAGGCAGGAAGUGAAGGAGAUCCUCCUCCGGAAGGGCGUGCAGCUGCUGCUGAGUGAGCGGGUGAACAAUCUGGAGGAGCUGCCUCUCAAUGAAUAUCGAGAGUACAUCAAAGUGCAGACGGACAAAGGCACGGAGGUGGCCACCAACCUGGUGAUUCUCUGCACCGGCAUCAAGAUCAACAGCUCUGCCUACCGCAGUGCGUUUGAGAACAGACUGGCUAGCAGUGGUGCUCUGAGAGUGAACGAGCACCUCCAGGUGGAGGGUCACAGCAACGUCUACGCCAUCGGUGACUGUGCCGACCUGAGAACACCCAAGAUGGCCUAUCUUGCUGGCCUCCACGCCAACAUCGCUGUGGCCAACAUCGUCAACUCCGUGAAGCAGCGACCUCUCCAGGCCUACAAGCCGGGUGCACUGACGUUCCUCCUGUCCAUGGGGAGAAAUGAUGGUGUGGGCCAGAUCAGUGGCUUCUAUGUGGGCCGGCUCAUGGUUCGGCUGGCCAAGAGCCGGGACCUGUUCAUCUCUACGAGCUGGAAAACCAUGAAGCAGUCUCCACCCUGAUGGGGAGGCCGGGCGGGAGGCGAGCUACUGCAGCAGGUGGGUGAAUGGACUGCUGGGCGCAUGGCACCCGCCUGGCAAGUGCUAGAACUAAUGCUUUUCUUCUGGAAUAAGAUGCCAAUGAUGUGCUGGCCAGAAAUGCAACUUGUAUAAAACAGAAAUGGGAGAGAAAGAGACAUUAAACAAAUUCCCCCUUAGAGGGUUCUUUCUGGGUUUCGAAGGUGUGCUUGUAGCGGUACCCGCCGAGGGGCUCAUGCGUGCUGGCUGCAUGGUACUGGGGAGGCCACAGCUAGCCUUCACGCUGUACCUGCUCCUCUGGGCUAUGCAUGCAUGUGCAUGUGUGUGCAUGUGUUUGUGGCCAUGAUGUGUGUCAUUUAGAGCUCUCAGAGCAGGGCAGAGAGCUGGGCUCUGGUAGCCAGUGUCUGUCUGUGACAGUAGGAAAGACAGCUGCACAUUCAGAACAACGGAAGGACCUGAGGUGGAGAGACGCCCUGCACCCCAAACCUCUGCCAUCACACAGUGGGGGAGCCCAUACAUUCUGCAACAACCAGGAAGAGUUCACAGGAGCCUCGUUUUCAACUCCUAACUGCUGCAUAUUCCCCAUACUCCUUAAGCCUUGUGGCCUCGCUACAUUGCCACUUUUGUUUGUUUAUUUAUUUUUGAGACAGUCUUGCUCUGUCACCCAGGCUGGAGUCCAGUGGGACGAUCUGGGCUCACUGCAACCUCUGCCUCCUGGGUUCACAUGAUUCUCCUGCCUCAACCUCUUGAGUAACUGAGACUACAGGCAUACGCCACCACGUCUGGCUAAUUUUUGUAUUUUUUUAGUAGAGAUGGGGUUUCACUAUGUUGACCAGACUAGCCUCGAACUCCUGACCUCAGGUGAUCCACUCAUCUCGGCCUCCCAAAGUGCUGGGAUUACAGGCUUGAGCCACUGCGGCCAGCACAUUUCCACUUUUAGAUCCUAACUCCAUGCAAUAGGUUACAUUUAAGAAGAAAGAGCUAGACAGAGGUUCCCUUCUGGUUAUGCCACCCUGACAGAGUGUGUUUUUACACAGCUAGCAGGGUUGAGACUGCAGCCUGGCUUGCCGGCCACUGGAGGUGUUUAGGGAAGGGCAGACAAUGUGACUCUUUGCGGGUGCCAUCUGCUUACCCAUUAGUGAACAGAAGGGGGUUCUGCGGGUGACCCUCAGCGUAUUUCCAGGUUACUCAUGGGCAGAUUUGUAAGUGACAAAACUCCAGCUGAUGCUGGGGACCGGGAGAGGGCCCCUGAGGGACUUUGUCGUUUUGUGCUUCUGGUUUCCUCACCAACCCCAGCGUCACUUGUCUGGAGGCCCAGCCGGGCACUAAUGUCUGCCACCAACUAUGUUAUGGUAUAUAAAUGGCUCCUCUUUGGGAGAGAUCUUCCAAUCCGAGGAGCCCCUCUUGGAUGGCCUAGGUGAAAUCUGUGAAGCAGAAGUGAUUGGUGAGGUCAUCUGAAUAGAUUCGGGCCCCACCUCCCCACCCUGCCCCUCCCUGCUCCCUUUUGAUGGUGGCCUCUGGGUACUAGGACAGAGUCCUUGGGACACCAGUCUCCCUGGGGUUCUCAGCCCAUCCCGUUGGGGCUGUUGUCCAGGCCUAAGUGAGUCGUGUGCCUCUCUCAGAGGAUGGUUGUUCCCCCGGCAGCUUCGUCCAAGGAUCUGUCUUUAUGGACCACGAAGGGAGGCCCACCUUCCCGCUGGCAGGACCUGCAGCCUGGGGCUAUGGGGCUAUCUGACCUGGGGCCCAGUGAGGUGGGAAUCCUGGCAUGUGAGUGACAGGCCUUGUUCUAUUGACUUACAAUAUUCUAGAGGGACCUAUGCGUGGGGACACAGUUUUCCAAGUGGAGGAAAAUGUUGCAAUAAAGGAAUAUGUUGUAAGAAA